CAUAUAUUAAGAAACAUUUAUGAGUCUGAUUAAUUUGAUCCGUCUAAAUACUUAUUGAUUUCAUGAUUCUUUGACAUUGUUUUAGCAGAAAAAAAAAAGGAAAAAGAAAACCAGCAAAAACGCAGGAAACAAGGCAUGUACAAUUCCUGAGUAGUUUUCCUUUCAAUCUACGUGUUUUUUUGUUUAAAUCAAAAGACGUAUUAAUCAUGUACAAAACUCUGACUGAUUGGUUGUCUGAACAACUUCUUCCGCCUCAGCCUGAUCCAAGAGUUGCUGACUACCCAUUAAUGUCUACAUGGACACCAUCUGUACUGAUUUCGCUAGUUUACAGCAUCGGUGCAUACAUUUGGCGCAGGGAAUUAAUUCGAAGACAUGGAAAGACGGAAAGAAAGUAUUCAUCAAAGGAGAAAGUUAAACAUCACAAAAAACGGUCGGUGCUAACAUAUGCAAUGAUAAUGUACAACUUUACUAUGGUACUAUUUUCUAUCUACUUAACAAUAUCAAGUUUCUAUUCAAUUUAUCAACUUGGUUAUGGUUUAGGCUGUAUUGAACUGCCAAAUCCAGAGGAUAAACGGACAGAUAAACUAGUCUAUUUGGGUUAUUUGUUUUUUAUUUCGAAAUUUAUUGAAAUGAUGGAUACGGUGUUCUUUUUGUGUCGAGGGAAAGUGGAUCAAGUUACUUUCUUGCACGUAUUUCAUCAUGCAUCAAUGCCACCAUCAGUAUGGUGGGGUUUAAAAUAUGCACCUGGUGGUCUAAUAUACAUGUUUCCAUUGGUCAACAGUUUUGUGCAUAUUUUAAUGUACACUUAUUAUGGAUUAGCUGCUAUUGGAGUAUAUCAUCUGCUAUGGUGGAAAAAUUAUUUAACCCUUAUACAAAUGAUUCAAUUUCUUUGGUUUAUUUUCCAUCAAGGACAAUUUUUAAUUAACAAUCCAUCUUCAUGUAAUUUUCCAAAAGUAUUUCCAACAGCUAUAGUCAUUAUUCUGUGAUAUUUUUUAUAUUAUUUUUUAAUUUUUAUAUGAAAGCAUAUUGGAAAAAAGAACGUUUAAUUAAAACGCCAGGGAAAGUGGAACAGGUUCAAAAUUCAAACAAAUAUUCUCCCACCACUAAUUCAGUGUUCGAUAUGGAGAUUGGAAAAAAGAUGGCAUAGAUUUUGUCACAGUUUUUUUUGUAUUCACUUAUUUGAAUUAUUUACGAAGAAAAAUAAUAUAUUUAUUUAUUUAUUUAUUCAUUGGUUCAACGUUUCAAUGGUUUCUUAAUUGACUGAAACAAACAAAGAAAUCGUUUCUAACUUUAUCAGUUAGUUACAUUGUUCAAUGUUUAACUGGAAAGUCUUUUUUCCGUACUGCUGACCAUUUAACUAAUUAUUUAUUAAUUUAUUUUUUGUAGUAAGAUGAAAAUAAAGAGGAGAUGAAGAGAUAAGGUGAUACUUUUGUUUUAAAACCUUUCAAACAUUACAAACAAUAUAGAAUUUAGUUAAGUGAGGCAAGGAUGAAAUAGUGCUC